AUGUUGGGGGGAGGGGUGGUGAUUGACUGGGGGCGGUGGUGGGUGGGGUGUUGUUGGGUUUGGGUUGAUGAGGUGGGUUGGGUGUGGGUGGGUGUUGGUGGGGUUGUGGGGGGGGGGGGGGGGGGGGGGGGUGGGGGGGGUGUGUGGGGGGGGGGGUGUGUGUGGUUGUGUUGGUUUGUGGUGUGGUGGGUGGGGGUGUUGAAGUUUGGUUGUGAGUUUGGGGGGUUGGGUGGGGUUUUUUUUGUUGGUUGGGGUGUUUGUUGGUGUUGUGGUGUGUGUGGUUGGUGGUGGUGGUGUGUGUGUGGGUGGGGGGUUGGGGUGGUGUUGGUGUGGGGGUGGGGGUGUUGGGUGGGGGGGGGGGGGGGGGGGGUGUGGGGUUUUUUUGGGGUGUGGGUUGGGGGUGGGGGGGUGUUGUUGUGGGUGGGGUGGGGUGGUGGUUGUGGGGUGGGUGGGGUGUGGGGGUGUGUGUGUGUGUGGGUGGGGGGUUUGAUGUGGUUUUGGGUUUUGGUGUUAUGGUGUGGUUGUGUUUUUUGUGGUGUUUUGGUUUUGUUGUUGUUUUUUGUGUUUUGUGUUGUUGUGGUUUUGUUUUGUGGGUGUGGGUGUUUGUGGUUUGUGUGUGGUGGGUGUGGUUGUGGGGUUGGGUGGUGUGGUGUUGGGAGGGGGUUUGGGGUUGGUGGGGGGUGUGUGGGGGGUGGUGGUUGUUUUUUUGAUUUGUGUGGUGUGUGGUGGGGUGGUUUUGGGGGUGUUGGGGGUAUGGUUUUAGGGGGGGGUUGGUGUGUGUUGGUUGAGUGUUGGUUUUGGUUUGUGGUUGUGGUGGGGAGGGUGGUUGGUUGGUGUGUGUGGGGUGUGGGUGGGUGGGUGUGUGUGUGUUUUGGUUUGUUGGGGUUUGGAGAUUUCCAUCAUUUUUCAAACCCAUCCUUGCACUUUUUUAAAGGAUGGUGA